GGGGCGGCCCGGCGCCCUCUGCGCAGCGCUGUGCUGCCGGUUGGAGUGAAGUUACCGUACUACGAAUAAAGUUACUUUCCGUGAGGAACCUUUGGAGAUAAUCCGAAAUAGGGACAUUCCCAUAAAAAUGGUGCUGGCUUCUCAUUGGUGGGUUCUCAGGUGUGUUCAGAUUUGCUUCCAGCUGUCUGCUGAAUUGGACUGGCUUAGUAACCCAAGCUUCUCUACGGAAGAUGCACUGUUGCUGCAUCAGCGCACUACAGAAGUUGCAAAUCUCGUCCCUGAAAAGUCACCACUAAUAAGCAGGACUACUUCAAGAUCAGAGUUGUCAGGGGAGAGUGAUACAGAUGAGAGUCUGAAACAGUCAAGUAAGAAAAGGAAAAAGAAAAAGAAAAAACAUCACCACUAUAAGAAGACAAAAAAAAAAAUCAAAGGGGACUCCAGUAGCAGUGAAUUGGAUCUGGACACUAAGGACAUCAGUGACAAGGCCAAAGGAAGUGUCAGAAAUCAUGAAAAGGAAGCAGCAGCAAAUCUAGAUAAGAAAACGUCAAAUCUUACCAGCAAUCGCUUUGUUUGGCUUGAUGAUAUCCAGGAUUUCACAGCAGAAACCUUCAGAAUAGACAAGAAACCAGACCCUGCAAACUGGGCCUACAAAUCUCUGUAUCGAGGGGACAUAGCAAGAUAUAAAAGGAGAGGAGAGUCCUGUCUUGGCAUAGAUGCAAAGAAACAGUGUAUAACUUGGGACAGUUCUGCAUCAAAAAGGAAGCAAUUACAGAGGCGACCUGAGCGCUACUUCACAAAGAACAAUGUGAAGAUGCUGAACACAGAUGGGAUUCCUGUUUGCAAUAAAAGUCCAUCUCACCCAGCUGCUUUUAUACCAGUUUUCCAAGUGGAAACUGAUGAUCCUUCUGACACAAUGGAGGUAAAUCCUCUUGGGAUUUAUGAUACAUCAACUACAGUGUGGCUACAAGGAAAAGAGGGCAGGAUUGCAGACCAUGAGCCUGUAAAUACACAACAAACUAUUCAAGAGCCUGGGAUAAAGAUUAACUCUGUUCUAAUGGCAAAAGUAGAAGAACAUAACAAGAAAGUCAGAGAAAACCCAAGAGAUAUUAAUGCCUGGAUGGAAUUUGUUUCUUUUCAGGAUGAACUAAUGAGAGGACCUAGCCCAUAUGCCAGUAAAGGAGAGCAGGAAAUAAGAAGAAAAUCACUGAAGUUAAUCUUAGAAAAGAAACUGGCCAUUUUAGAGAGGGCAAUUGAAAGCAAUCCGGGUAAUGUUGAUCUGAAACUUGCCAGGCUGAAGCUUUGCACAGAAUUCUGGGAACCACCAGCUUUAAUCAAAGAGUGGCAGAAGCUAAUUUUCUUACAUCCCAAUAAUCCAGAGCUGUGGAAGAAGUAUCUUCUGUUCUGUCAAAGUCAGUUCACUACCUUUUCUGUUUCAAAAAUCAAUAGUCUCUAUGGAAAAUGUUUGACUACAUUGGCAGCUGUACAAGAUGGCAGCAUGGUAUCACAUCCUCUUCUGCCUGGCACAGAAGAAGCUAUGCUAGCUAUAUUUAUUCAGCAGUGCCACUUCCUGAGACAGGCUGGCCAUUCUGAGAAAGCAGUGUCUUUGUUCCAGGCUCUGAUGGACUUCACCUUCUUUAAACCUGACAGUGUAAAAGAUCUGCCAACAAGGGGACAGGUGGAAUUCUUUGAACCCUUUUGGGAUAGUGGAGAACCACGAAUUGGAGAAAAAGGAGCAAGAGGCUGGAAAGCAUGGAUGCACCAACAAGAAAAGGGUGGCUGGGUUGCUCUUAAGCCAGAUGAUGAUGAUGAUGAUGAAGAGAUAGAUGAAGAUCAAGAUAUAAAGGAUAAAACUCUGCCCAAGUGGCAUAUUUGGUUGGAUAUUGAGUAUUCUCGUGAAGCAAGGCAGUGGUUACCUUGGAGGCCAGACAAAACAAAAGAGGAAACUGAAGAAGAUUGUGAAGAUCCAGAAAGACAGGUAUUAUUUGAUGAUCUUGGACCAUCUUUAAUCCAUCUUACUAAUCCAGAUCUUCAACAUCAACUGGUGUACUCAUUCUUGCAAUUCCUGGGAAUUCCAUGCACAAGUAAACUCUUCCCUUCCAACCUCUAUAUUGCCAUGGAUGAAAAUAACAUCUUUAACAGUGUGCUUUCUGAUGAAAAGCCAUUGACUUCUGUUGAUUUUCCACUUUCUGGAUUCAACAGUAUUGGUCAUAUGGACACGAUGCUACGAGGGAGACAUCACAUAGGCCACUAUAAAGAAGGAGAAGAGUUCAUACAGAAUGUGUUUCAUGUUCUAUUCCUGCUGUUUUCAGGAAAGGAAAAAUCUAACCUGUCCAUUUGCUGGUUACAGUAUGAAAUAUCUAAGGUAGUUCAGUGUCUCCAAGCAAAAAACAAAAGGAAGCUGAAAGCACAAGGGAGGAAGAGUAAAAAGUUGGCCAAGAAUCUCCUUAAAGCACCUGACAAUCGAAAUGACCUUUCUCUCUGGAAACUGUAUGCCUACCUAGAAUGGCUGCUUGGUAACAUUGAUGAUGCCAGGAAGGUAUUUGACACAGCUCUUUGCACAGUGGGGACUGAAGGAUUGAAAAGUCCCCAGCUCUGCAGCCUCAGUCUGCUUUAUGCUCAGCUGGAAGUGGAACUACUAGAAAGUAUAGAAGGAGCUGUCAUGUCACGAGCUGCUCAUAUAUUGACCAGAUUGGCUGAAAGUGGACCGUAUGUGCCCUAUAGUGGACAAGUGUUGUCUGUGAAUGUCUUGAAAGCUCGUAAAACAUAUGAGCAUGCGCUGCAAGAUUAUUUAAGUAAAACUUUGGUUUCUGAUCAGGAUCAGGUCAGUGAUGCUAAUCAGCUAGUUAACUUGGUUGGUUGUUAUGCACUGUUCCAGUAUUUGACUGUUGGGAUUGAUGCUGCAGUAUUAAUAUAUAAACAGACUUCAGAAAAACUUGAAGCUUCUGGUUCACAGAAAUGUGAAAAUACUAGAGAGAAUUUCGGCGUUCAAAAUUUUCCCACUGCUCUUGAAGCUGUCACACUGCUGCAUACAAAUUUACUCAAAUUCCACAUGAAAAUUAGUGUUUAUCCUUUGAAUCCUCUGCGAGAAGAACUAAUGGAGGCUCUGAAACGGUAUCCUAGCAACCAGUCUCUUUGGAGGUCAUAUAUCCACAUCCAAAGGAAGUCACACAGUGCUAGUAAAGCACGAAGGUUUUUUGAUGGUGUCACAAGGUCUACUAACGCUUUAGAGCCAUGGCUGUUUGCAAUCCAAGCAGAGCAGAUGAGAAAAAAACUCACUGAGAAUGUCCAGAGGGCAGAUGUUGGUGAAAUACAUUCUACUAUUCCUGAAACUGGAUUAACAAACAGGAUUGUAGCUCUCUUUGAACAUGCAGUUCAGAGUGAAAACGGUACCCAUUGUCCUCUGCUGUGGAGAAUGUAUUUGAACUUUAUGGCUUCACUAGGAAAAAAAGAAAAAAGUAAAGGAUUGUUUUAUAAAGCCCUUCAAAACUGUCCUUGGGCAAAGGUACUCUAUAUGGAUGCAAUAGAGUACUUCCCUGAUGAUCUUCAAGAGACACUUGAUCUAAUAACUGAAAAAGAAUUGAGAGUGCGGGUACCCAUGGAAGAGCUGGAUCUACUGUUGGAGGUGUAAAGACUCUAGAUGAGUGGAGCAAAUACAGAAGCUAGAUCCAGAACUAACAGUUAGACCUGUCUCUUCAAACAGGAACUCAAUGUACAUUUUUUUUAAGGGUUGGGUUUUUUGUUUUGUUGGGGGCUUUUUUGUUUUGUUUAAGCUUUUAUAUAAGUUGCUAUCAAAAUGGAGUUCUCGCUGCAAGUAUUCUGGAAUCAAGUGCUGCAUUUUGUCCACAAAAAUGCAUUCAUUUCUCUGAAGUAUUGCUGGCUCCCACAGGAUACCCUCUUAUAAAUAGCCUCCUGUUGAAUGUUGUCCACAUUUCUUAUUCUAUUGUUUGAAAUUACAUUCCCUAGAGUUCAGUAGAGAUUCAGUACAUGCCAACUAUGGUUUGGUGAGCAGCACAGGAAAUAAACAUCUGGCAAAUAGAUGCUCCGCUGUCCUCCAGUUGGCAGACUUCAGUAAUUUCCUUCAGCUUGGUAUGCGUGUGUGUGUAUAUAUAACUACCAAGUCAAACAGCCCUUACAUCUGUACAUACACUCUGAGAAAAGGCUGAAUCUUUGCUUGAGCAGGCACUUAUUUUGGAUGUGUGUUUAUAUGUUUUGACAGGUGACCAUUUUAGUAAAAAUAUUUAUGAAAAAUAUACCUGAAUAUUUGAAAAUUCAAAAGGAACUUUAAUUAUUUUUUUAUUUCUUAAUUUAAUAGAACUGUGAGUGUAUUAAAAAUGAAAAUGUAUCCAUAAUGCAUCUCUACGCAGCUCACUUUUAAACAAGUUUUUGUAACUGAUUACUUGCUUUUGACCCAAAUACAGGCAAUCACUGUAAGAGAAAUAGAGGCCUGGUCUAUAUUUAAGUCUCACCAAAGAAGGCAGCAUAGUUAAAACAUGAUUGUUUAAUUAGUAGCUUCUAUUCCUAGAGUCUUUAGGCAAGCUCCUAGGGAAGUAAUAUGAAAUAUGGUAACAAUUUAAAGAUACACUAUAUAUUUAUCUUGUAAGACACAAUAAGCUGAAAUAUGUAAAAGACUGUUCAGCAUCCCUACUCUUGAGACCCAAGUACUCAGAAACUGGAUCUUCAUGUGAAAAGAAGGUACCUGCAGCUACUGAAUACCCAAAACUGUUCCAGAGGUUUUUCAGGAGAAAACUCACUAACAGCACUAAACCACUCAGGAUCAUCCAGGUGGUGAGAUCUGGUUUCAUGGAAAAUGAUGGCUGGACAAACCCAUACAACCUAGGGCUUGGUUUUGCCUGUAGCACCAUAAUACAAGAUCUAAUACAUUUUAGUUUAGGCUGAGCUUCAUUUAUUCCUUUCUGAAAUUAUUUUAAAUAUUACAGGGAAUAUGUAGAUUUUUAAAAGGCAUUACAGCAUUUCUUAAGAGCCUUAUAAUAUUGCUGUGGUUGCAAGUGAUGCUGGUUUUGCUAUACAAGUAAUUGAUUAGUCUUUGUAAGAAAACACGUAUUUUUAAAAUCCAUGUUUCUUUCAGAAAUUACAGAGCUGCUGAACUGGAGGUCGGAACAGCAACAUCACAAAUGGGGUGUGUGUGUGUUUGCUCUCCAUCAAAGCAGAAUGUUGCUUCUUCUAAAGACCUGAAAGGGACAUGGAGAGGGAAGAAGCUUGAUUGUGCUCCUGGUUGUGUUUUUCUUCAGUCAUAGAAUCACAGAGCAGCCUGGGUUGGUAUGGACCUUGAAAGAUUAUCUGGUCCAACCUUUUGUGGCAUAGGGAGCCUAGGUGAGAUUAUCUAGCAUCUUGAAAACCUCCUGUGAUGGCAGCAAUGACUCUUCUUUCAGUCACUUUUCUCUUCCAUGCAUCCCUCCCCUGCUGCAGCUUCUCCCAGUGCAGCACUCAUGCUACUUGCUUG